AUGAUGUCCGACAGUGUGUAUGAUGGACUUGACUCUCGAGCUGGGGUCUGGAAGUGUCUUCAAUGUGACAACAUGAAUAUAACAUCACCACUCAAAGCCAGUCUAGACUCAUUUGAAACACCAAACAACUUGAACAUAUCAGAUAUCACAAGCCCAAAAAACCCACAGGUCAUAAAUGGAAAUAACAUACAUUCUACUACAUCAACACCAAAAUCAGACCGCCAGUUACCUACUCAACCCAAACACGCACCAAAAAAUAAGAUCAAGCAAUCACUUAAGGUAUUAAUAGUUAACUGCCGAUCCAUUGUAGAUAAGAAAUUAGAAUUUGAAAAUAUGGUUAACUCUGUUAGGCCACAUAUAAUCCUUGGUACAGAAUCAUGGUUAAAACCCAAGCACUAUACAAAUGAAAUCUUCAAUCCUGUCCUAGGUUACACUAUUUUUAGGAGAGAUCGGCAGAAACAAAAUGGGGGAGGAGUAUUCAUUGCUGUCAGAAACUGCAUUGUAGCCCAGGAAGCCACUCAUCUACAUACAGACUGUGAAAAUGUCUGGGUCAAAAUAGAAAUCCAAGGCUCUAAACCACUCCUUGUUGGCUCCUACUACAACCCCAAAGAAUUUGACCCCCAUAGCCUGGAAGAGCUCAAGAAGUCACUUUCCAUGGCUGCUAAAUCCAAGGCCAAUGUUUGGGUGGGUGGGGAUUUUAACAUGCCAAAGUUAGACUGGUCAAACCUUGCUCCGACUCCUGACUGUAAAAAUAAAUCUCACUACCGUGAGUUUAUUGAGAUCCUUAAUGACAACAACUUAACCCAGGUCGGCCAAGAUCCUACCCGAGAGAAUCAUAUCCUUGACCUGUUCUUGACCAACAAUCCUACCAUCGUUAAUAGAGCCAGUAUUACUCCCGGCAUCAGCGACCAUGAAGCCGUCCUGAUAGAUACUCAUACUUCUGCCCGUAUUAAACCCCAAAAACCUAGGAAAAUCCAUCUCUUUAAAAGGGCUGACUGGUAUGGACUUAAGUCUCACAUUCAAGACCUUCAUGCACAUCUCACUAGGUCAAAUAAAUAUGAGAGUGACACUGUAGGAGAACUUUGGCAGUCCAUUUCUAAGUCUAUGGAGGAAGGGGUCAAAGCUUUCAUCCCGUCAGAAAUGUCAUCUUCCAAAAAUAAACUCCUCUGGAUCAAGGUCAGCCUUAAACGCCUUAAUAGGAAAUGGGAUAAAGCAUACAAAAGAUACAUAAAGGACAACACCAAAACACACAAAGAACACUACCUUGCACUCAAACACCUCUGCAGGAAAGAAACAAAACAAGCAUACCAGGAAUACCUUGAAGACAUUCCCAACAUAAACAGCACUCCAACAGAACAUGAACAUCAGCAUCAACAAUAUAAACCAAACACCAAAAAACUUUACUCAUUACUCAAACAUGCAAAACAAGACUCCACUGGCAUUGACUCACUCGAGAAAAAUAACAAACUGCACACAUCAGAUGAAGACAAAGCCACUGCACUCAACGAACAGUUUCAGUCUGUCUUCACUCCUAAAACUCCUGUCUCUCUUAAAUUCCUAGCUGAAAUAAAAGUACAGGAAAAUGCAGAUACAGGUAAAGAGAUUCCCAACGAGACAUUUAGCCCUCAUGAUCCCAUGCCAGACAUUGACAUCUCUGCAAAUGGCAUAGAAAAGCUCCUAAACAAGUUAGACCCACAUAAGGCUUCAGGGCCUGAUCAAAUGAAACCAAUAGUUCUUAAAAACAUCAGCAAAGAACUAUCCCCCAUCUUUUCAAAAUUAUUCAAGAAAUCCCUGCAAACCAGUAUCCUCCCUGAAACAUGGAAAAUGGCAAAUGUAGCGCCAGUCUACAAAAAAAGGCUCAAGGUCAGAUCCAGCCAAUUACCGCACAAUCUCUCUUACCUGUAUCCUGUGUAA